UGUAUGAUUGAUUGGUUUUAAGAAUUUUGGACUAAAAAUUUACGAGAAUUUUCUGUGAAAACAUGGUGUAUUGUUUGAAAUAUUUGUCCAUGAUGUGCCAAUAUGUAGUUAGAGUAUCCCGGUAGCUAACUAGAAAUGUUCCUGGCGAACAAAGAGCUUCAAGUGCUUUAGUGUCUUGAAGAACCAAUGAGGGUUUCACAGAGUUCUCUCGAUAGUUUGGAAGAUAUGGCUGAAAGACGAUAUUCCUUUUCAGAUGGAAGUGGGAGUCCAAGUGGUAGGCAUAGUCCUCCGCCUACUAAACUUCUUCCUGGCACCACUGUUCUGGUUCCGCGCGAGAGACAGCCGUCGUCUGCCGCCCAUCACCAACCCCGUGCUGCUCAAAAGUGCUGCAGAAUUAGCAGCGUCUGUGAGGAAGGGUGAGAUAUCAAGCGAAGAACUAGUGACAGUGUUCAUAAAUCGCGUUAAAGAAGUCAACCCGUACCUCAACGCUGUUGUAGAGGAACGGUACAGGGCUGCGAUAGAAGACGCAAAGGCCAUAGACCGGUGGAUAGUGGAUGCUAAGAAGAGUGGCUCCUUCGAAGAGCUGGUCAAAGAGAAACCGCUAUUAGGGGUGCCAUUUACUGUAAAGGAGAGUUGCUCGCUUGCCGGUCUAUCAAACUCGGUGGGAUGCCUAGAGAACGCAGGUCGACGGGCCACCGCCGACGGAGGUGUGGUCAGCCUCGUGAAGAAGGCUGGGGCCAUCCCUCUACUAGUAUCGAAUACUCCCGAGCUCUGCCUCGGCUGGGAAACCACUAACCUGCUGCGGGGAACUACGAACAACCCUUACUGUUUGAACAGGACUCCUGGUGGAUCUUCGGGAGGCGAGGCGGCGCUGCUAGCUAGCGGUGCGUCGGCGCUGAGCGUGGCGUCCGACAUCGCGGGCUCCAUCCGCCUGCCCGCCGCCUUCUGCGGGGUCUUCGGACACAAACCCACUCCUGGAGUGAUAUCUAUCGACGGGCACAUUCCUACACUGAGCGACGAGCAGUUCCCGAAGUUCCUGACGGUGGGCCCCAUGACGCGCCGCGCGGACGACCUGCCGCUACUCAUGACUGUCAUGGCCGGCCCACAUAACUCGCUCAACCUCGACAAACCCGUCGAUAUGAGGGAGGUUAAGGUCCACUACAUGUUGGAAGCGACGAACGCGAUGGCAUUAUUACGAGUGGACCGAUGCAUCCGCGACGCAGUACGUAACGCUGUCACUUACCUGGAGAAGGAGUGUGGCAGUACUGUUUGUCAGGAUAAAUUCAAAGACUUGGAAGACUCAGUCGAAAUAUCGGUGUCCGUAUUUUUUGCAAUGAAGGACAUUCCAAAUCUGAUGCAAGAUCCCGCCAAUCCGAAACGUGACAAAAGUUUGGUCGUCGAGCUUAUAAAAUAUAUGUUUGGCGGUGGUUCGCGGUCACUACAAGGACUGAGCUUUUCACUUAUUAACAGAAGUCAUUUGUUCAUACCUGAGGCACGGAGUAGCUAUUAUCAUGCUAGAGCAAAUAAACUGCGUGAACAUAUGGAGAAAAUUCUGGGUGACAAUGGCGUGUUGAUCUACCCAGUGUUCAUCGGUCGAGCUCACCAUCAUAACCAGGUGUUCCUAAAAGCUUCAGGCGUCAUGUACACCAUGGUCUUCAACAUCCUGGGCAUGCCCGCCACCACCGUGCCCAUGGGACUCUAUAAAGGAUUGCCUGUUGGAAUACAGGUAAUAGCAGCUCCACAUCAAGACAGACUGUGUUUGGCUGUUGCCAAACAACUGGAGAUCGGCUUUGGCGGCUGGAAACCGCCCCAGUAAUUAUAUCUAAGCAAAAUAUUAAUAAGAAACUACCAAAAUCGUUCAUAAGUUCAACAAACCACAUGUAUGGCGUGGUUUAUCUUUUUUACCAGAAAAAUAAACUAGAAGUGUAAUAGAAUAUUUCAUAUUACUUUAUUCUAUUUUGUACGUAAAUGUAUGUGAUAGUAAUCUCUAUUUAAAUUGAUCGUAUAAUCGGGUACUUGACUAUUUUUGAAAUUGUUAUACCUACUUGCAUAAAAAUAUGAAAUUUUCUAUCCUUUUCUCCCGUUUAACGGAACAUAACCCUAUAUGUAAGUAGUUGUUGCCUUUACACUCAAAAAAUAUAUAUCUUGUUUUCUACUUGUCAUUGAACUUUUUAGAUAUUUGUAAAAUAAAAUAGUCGAGCACCCAAUUUCAUUAGAAAUAUCCUAGUGUGCAAUUUAGGUCGAUUUAUUUCUAUUAGUUAUUGUUGCCUUAGCUCAGUUAUUUAAUGAAUUUAUCGUUACUUUAAGUCUGGAUAUAAAUUAAAACAGUAUUUUAACGUUCCAUUUGUUUAUUGAGCAGAUAUUUUUUUUGGAUUCUAGGUAAAUCUUCAAAUUAUGUAGAAAUGUAAUGUAAUUACAUUGUAAUCUAUUUAUGAUAGUAGUACCUAUUGUACAUUUUGUAUGUAUGCUAAAGUAUAGAUGUUAUUAUACGAUGCCUAAUUACUUAAAUAAAUACCAAUGAUAUACGAGGUAAUGGAUGCUUAUCAAUUCUUUGUGAUGGGUGCUUCUAAUUAUUUCACAAUCAGGUACACAAUUUAGCAUCCCUUUUUUAUUUUUGUUGACUUUUUAUUUAUAAUAAUAAUAAUUUUAUUACCUAAAUGUGCUGUGAGUGUAAUAUUUAGUUGUGAACUAAAUAUUAGUAACAUAAUUCUCGUGUAGAUUUCUAAGUUGAUCAUUGUUCGCACUCUUUAAAUUAUUGUAAUUGGCUGUAGCGAAUGAAAUAAAUGAAAUGGUGCGA